GUUGAACGUGCCGAACGAUAGGUCGCCCUCUCGUGCCUUCUUCUUCGCAGCCGCCUUGACGGCUGCUGCGGUCUCUUGUCUCUCUCGGUCCACCUCGCGUUGCGGGUGUGCUUUCUUCCGUAUUUUCCGAGCGGCGAGUUUCCUCGCAUCAAUCCAUCUCUGCAGAGCUCGGUUCUUGCCUGUGGUGUUUUGACGAGGAGGGUGCAGCACUCUCUCCCCGCGGUGCCCGCGGUUGUCUCCCUUAUCCCGCGAGCGGUGCUUACUGACGUGGUGUUUACGAAUCGCUCUACUCCUCCAGCUUCGUGGGCCACGCUUUCCGCGACGGUGGUUGCCAGGUGCAGUUUGCCGCUUUGCAUUACUGCCGCGGGAACAGUGUCCAUACACACCUCUCGCCACUACCACCGUCUGUGCAUCCUCACCGCCACGCUGAGCCAGCGCGGCGGUGAGUUGCACCUUGGGACACCACCCGCCUACUAUCUGUUAUGGCCUGGUUCGCCCGCGAGGGACUCACUAGGUCGAUUUCGUCCCCGGCCGGGGAGCAGGUGGAGGGGGGGGACGUGUAUACUAGUGUGAAAGCCGCAUGCGCGGCUGACGACACCCAACCAGACGAAGAGGCCACCAACGGCGAGGGCCUGCACAGCAGCAGCAACCCCAAGACCUACAGCAGCGCCAUCGUCAGCUGAGCCCCGCCGUCUACUGGGGUUGUAGGCAUAAACAGGCACGUGAUGACUUGUCAGUUUUGGACUGCUGUCGAUAUGUGGACACCCAUGCGGUGAUUGAUGCGGUACGCCUACAUCGUGCCUUCAGAUCCUAAACGCGGCAUUACGCCGUGCGGUACUGCCGUCAAACGCCAACGCUAACUCCACCUCCACCUCCACCCGGCACGGCCGUCAAACGCUCUCUCCCACUCAUUCUCUAGUAAUCGCGGCAACAUGCUGCACGGUAAAGCCGUCAAACACCAACACUUACUCAAUCAAAACGCGACAACACGUCGUGCGGUACUGCCGUCAAACUCCACCGCUCGGCCAAAGACCGACUACCUGUAGCAAAUGGGUAGACACAAUCCAGGUUACCAGUAAUCCUCAAAAACUGAUGCCAGUUUCUAAACUGAUGAUAUUGUUUGUGCGUGUAGCAUGGUAUUAGAAAUAGUAUUGUGCGUAAUGUAAUGCUGCAGUGAUUGGCGAGGUUUUGUUCGUCUUCCUGACAGCCGUGCUGAGACUAACUUUCUCUAGCCGGUAACAGCGUGAUCAACGUUUUACCUGGGCUCGUUUUGGUAGCUACUUAUUGAGCAGCAGGUUUAGCCUGGUCAAAAAUGCGUGAUCAACGUUUUAUCUGGACUCUCUCUGGGUAGCAGCUUUCACCUGAUCAAAAACUUUUCAUGUCUUGGUUAUGUCAGCGAGUACCAGAGACGUGUCAAGUCUCAUUGAUGACGUGCAACGUUGGUACCUCAACUUUUGUUGCAGAUGAAAAUUCCACAACACAGCAGUAGCACAGACGAAAUACUGAUUUCCGAAGAUUGUUACACUUUGUCUUGAGGUUACUAUUUGUUGUGAGAUUGUAGUUCCACGUUGUUAAGGUUGUGACUUGGGAUUGAUUACCCUAUGGUUAGAACAGGAGCAGCGGCUGUAUUAUUAUUUUGUGAUAGAGGACUAAUCAACCUCCAUUUCAGGAUGAUAUUCAGCUAUUUAUUGAGUGGCAAUGUCACAAUGAUCGGUAAUUUCAGACAAACCAUUCCACUAGUAGGGCCCGACGACUUGAAAGUGUGAUUCAUUUGUUGAUUUUUCUGCUGCAGUCACUACUGUGCAGAACCGGGGGGAAUGUUCAUGGUAUGUGGUUCUCCUCAGUAGUGCUGGUUUGUUCGGAACUAACCUGCCGCCAUCUUUCCCUCCGAACGCGCGACCUGCCCUACACCACCGCCGAGUCAAUCCUACGGGAGCGACAAUUGUUCUUCCUCCACUUCAGGCGGACGCAAACAUCCAAGCUCGAGCCGCGGCCAGCCGGAAAAUAUGAAAGGAGAUAGACGACCGCGGCGAAGGCGUGCGAAAUAUCCGCUGGGGGGGGAGAAACAAUGGCUUGGGCAAUGGGUUAAGCGCUGGAGCUUGAUGCGCCGGCAAAUGCAGGGGCUUCGAAUGUUUUUGUUUUGGUAUUGGAUUGGAUUCUGUGUUGGUUGGAUUGGAUUUUGGCUUUGUUAUUGAAUUGGUUUUUUGCAGUAGGAUUUGCGAACAUUUUGGGAUUGGACUUGAUUUGGUUUUUGUGUUUCGUCGGGAUUUAUUUGCAGGAGAAUGUUUUUCUUGGGUCUCGACUGGAUUCAUUUUGAAUGUCGUUCUUUUGGUUUGUGGUUCUGACUCCAACCUUUAAAUCAGGGGGGCGGAUCUCCCAGAGCAGGGGGGCACGUUGUUAUUUCGGAAGGAAUUCACUGUAGCUGGUGCUAAGUUUCUAGGGAGAAACAGUAAGGAAAAUACUCGCUCGCGUAUGUUCUGCUCAAAUGAUCUCAACGCUGAACGAAUGUUUGGGGAUGGAUGUUAUUUGAUCGGAAGUGUGAGAGUAGAGGAUUGGUACCAUGCCCAGAAGCGUUUUAUCUGCGAAGUGGGCAUGAAACGUAUACUUUGGUUUGUGUUCGAAAGUUUGUGUAUUUUUGGUAGGAUUCGUAGUCGGAUGAACGUAGUCGGAUGCACAACGGAGGAGGCGAUUUUCUACGAAUUGGUCCGUGUCUUGGAAAGAAAAUGAAGAGGAGUUCCACAGACAGGUUUGACUCGAUGGAUUGUUUAAGGUUUCAGUUGUGCGAGGGACAUAAGUACUUUGCGGGUGUCGUUGCGGCGAAGUGCUGAGAAAGGAUGGACCAGAGGAAGAGCGUUUUGCAGAGAAGAAAUGAAGACGAUGGGACAAGACGUUGUGGGUUCAGGAACACUUGCAUAAUCGAAUUCAUUCUUGGUUAUUUGUUUGUCAUGGAGGAGUAGGAUCCACGUUUUGGGUCUCGUAUAAUUAU